AUGGAAAGCAUGAGUACGGAGAGAAUGAGUACGGAGAGAAUGAGUACGGAGAGCAUGAGUACAGAGAGAAUGAGUACGGAGAGCAUGAGUACGGAGAGAAUGAGUACGGAGAGCGUGAAAACAGAGAGAGUGAGUACAGAGAGCGUGAAGAGAAUGAGUAUGGAGAGCAUGAGUACGGAGAGAAUGAGUACGGAGAGAAUGAGUACGGAGAGCAUGAGUACGGAGAGCAUGAGUACGGAGAGAAUGAGUACGGAGAGCAUGAGUACGGAGAGAGUGAGUACGGAAAGCGUGAGUACGGAGAGCGUGAGUACGGAGAGCGUGAGUAGGGAAAGCAUGAGUACGGAGAGAAUGAGUACAGAGAGCAUGAGUACGGAGAGAAUGAGUACAGAGAGCAUGAGUACAGAGAAUAUGAGUACGGAGAGCAUGAGUACAGAGAGAAUGAGUACAGAGAGAAUGAGUACGGAGAGAAUGAGUACGGAGAGCGUGAGUAAGGAGAGCAUGAGUACAGAGAGAAUGAGUACAGAGAGAAUGAGUACGGAGAGAAUGAGUACGGAGAGCGUGAGUAGGGAGAGCAUGAGUACGGAGAGCAUGAGUACGGAGAGAAUGAGUAUGGAGAGCGUGAGUAGGGAGAGAAUGAGUACAGAGAGAAUGAGUAGAGAGAGCAUGAGUACGGAGAGAAUGAGUACGGAGAGCAUGAGUAUGGAGAGCAUGAGUACAGAGAGAAUGAGUACAGAGAGCAUGAGUACAGAGAGAAUGAGUACAGAGAGCAUGAGUACGGAGAGUAUGAGUACGGAGAGCAUGAGUACAGAGAGAAUGAGUACGGAGAGAAUGAGUACGGAGAGCGUGAGUAAGGAGAGAAUGAGUACAGAGAGAAUGAGUACGGAGAGAAUGAGUACGGAGAGCGUGAGUAGGGAGAGCAUGAGUACGGAGAGAAUGAGUAUGGAGAGCGUGAGUAGGGAGAGAAUGAGUACAGAGAGAAUGAGUAGAGAGAGCAUGAGUACGGAGAGAAUGAGUACAGAGAGCAUGAGUACGGAGAGCAUGAGUAUGGAGAGCAUGAGUACAGAGAGAAUGAGUACAGAGAGCAUGAGUACAGAGAGAAUGAGUACAGAGAGCAUGAGUACGGAGAGCGUGAGUACAGAGAGAAUGAGUAUGGAGAGCGUGAGUAGGGAGAGAAUGAGUACAGAGAGCAUGAGUACGGAGAGCAUGAGUACAGAGAGCGUGAGUAUGGAGAGCAUGAGUACGGAGAGCAUGAGUGCAGAGAGUGUGAGUACAGAGAGAGUGAAAACAGAGAACAUGAGUAUAGAGAGAAUGAGUACAGAGAGAAUGAGUAUGGAGAGCGUGAGUACGGAGAGAAUGAGUACGGAGAGCAUGAGUACGGAGAGAAUGAGUACGGAGAGCGUGAGUACGGAAAGCGUGAAUACGGAGAGCGUGAGUACAGAGAGAAUGAGUACAGAGAGCAUGAGUGCAGAGAGAAUGAGUAUAGAGAGCAUGAGUAUGGAGAACAUGAUUAGGGAACAUGAAUAG